CGGGGAAGGGGUGUAUACCCAACUCUGCGGGGGUUAGGGAUGAGGGACUCAACACACACUUGAUUUAGGAUGUCCAUGAUUGCAGCUCGAGGUUUCUGGCAGUAGUCGGUGUAGGCGGUGAUGUUGGACUUUGUCACGACCGUGUCUGGGUCACGCUGCUUGAGUUUCAGCUUGUCCCUUCUCGACGAUCCCUUCUGGUCGAAGCAUAAUCUUACUUUGUGAGUGACUUUAUUUGCCGUUGAAACUAAUUUCCCCUCGAUAACUUAACAGUCUGCGCUGACUACAGAAGAAAGAAAACCCAAUCAGACAAGUAAGUCAAAAAGAAUUUGGUUACAAACCAUCAAUCGGAGCAGACGACUUCAACAGAGAGCAAAUAACUUCAAGGUAUACAAAACCAAAAACAGCUAUGUGCUUGAAGUCUUCGCCAUGCAGGACAUUUCUUUCUUCGGUUGUGCUCCUGGCAAGCGUCAGUUGGAUACUCGCAGGGUCGUCAGUUUUAGACGAUGGGACAAGCGUCAACUUGACGCACACGUCCACUGCAGACGGCGUGAGGAGAACGCUGAUGAUGGCCGUCACCUGGCCGUCGUCUAGACAGGCAGAAGACAACGACAGCGACAUGAUGACAACCAGUAAUGUCCAGAAUAACCAAAAUUAUUCGUCCUUCUGGCGAUGUAUAGAAGACUUGGUCACGCUGGCUGUUGGUGUGGAUCAGAAGGAGGACUGGGCGGUGCAAAUGCGAGAUGCUUCUGCAUCCGUUGGUGAGGGCCUGGCGCCCAUGGAACUGGACCUCAUGGGUGUUGCCUCGGAGUGUGUGAGCGUGGAGCCUCCUCGUGCACUACUAAUGAAGGCUAAGUACUGCUCACUGUCCCUCCAAACACCAUUCGCGGAAAGGAUGAACACAUUGGUUGCCCCCUUUGCUAUAACCAGCCAGUCGGUGGGACUUUGUGUGCCCGCCUCUUGUGACGAAGAUACUUUGCGUCUUGUCUUCCGGCAAAAGGCUCCUUCGCUUAAUCUUACCAACAACACAAAAGUCAACGGCGUCUACUGUGAACAGAGCAGCGGCCCUUGGAAGCCAGAGCAAAUAACUCUAUUGGUGCUUCUAUGUUGCUGGAUUUGUCUUCUCCUGGUGGCUACUUGCUUCGAAGUGUACACCUCUCACCUUGAUGGGCGGAAAGAUCAAAGUAAUCACCAGGUGCCAUUGAACGUCACGCGACGUCAUCAGCUGCCCACUCGCCUGACGCGACCUGACGAUUUAGAAACGGAAUCAACCUCCAGGUACAUCCAGCUACCUCCACCCUUAUCGUCCCGACUGUUUCUUGGCAGCCGACGAGGUGAACUUCACGGGUUUGCAGACCGAGAACACAGAGCGAGACAGGAAGAAGACUAUUCGAGGGGAAAUGCAUGGCCGGAAGUGACGUGUUACAUAAGCGAGAACCCAACAAUGUCAAAGUCGACUGAAGACCGCGUGUUACAUUCUGGACGUUCACAGCGCUUCCCGUUAGGUCCGUCGUCGUCACACGUCGAUGAAGAAGAAAGAGAGAGGGAGAAUAAAAGGUCUCAUCGCUCCCGUCAUCGCCGACGAGACCAUCCAGCAAGCCAGUCGGACAGCGGGAGCUACGGCAGCAUCUCCUACAGGUCGUCUGGGCGCACAGACGAGGAGAACUAUUUUUCUUUCGCCAGCAUCUCAACCCUCCGCGGCACAUCGCUGACCAGGCCACCUGGGGAAGAAGAAGAAGCUGGACAGGGGUCGUCAGGUCAAGGAUGGAGGAAUAAAGUCUUGAAAUGUCGCGAACUGUGCGGGGGAGCAAGCAUUGCAGGGCUGAAGAUGAGACGCCAGCUGGUGAAGUGCUUGUCUUUUUCCUUCAACAUCUCCGAACUGAUGGACACACAUCAACAAGAUCCCCAGUUGGGUUUCCUCCAUGGCCUUCGCGCAUGCGCAAUCAUCUGGAUCGUCUUCACGAACACGUUACUUUACAUCGCUCCGUUUGUGCGCAACUCGCGAAGUUUUGAGGAGAACGUGCUGCCCUUCGCCAGUGGCUCCUAUGGCGUGGACUUUCUUCUCGCCUUAAGGGGUGUCGUGUCUGGUUUUGUGAUGUCACAGAAGCUGGAGCAGACAGGCGGAAGGACCAAUUGGCUAGGGUUCUACAUUCGUCGUUUCUGGCGGUUGAUGCCUACAAUGGUGCUUGUGGGUGUGGUCUACGUGAUUUUCUUCCCGUCAGUCACAAGUGGACCGUUAUGGACCGACCACGCCCCCGACUAUUCCCAGUGCAAGAGUUAUUGGUGGGCGAACCUUCUCCUUGUACAGAACUUUCUGCAAAAAGGAUGCAUGCCGUGGACGUGGUACCUGGCGGUGGAGUGGCAGCUGCACGUCGUCACGCCCCCAGUGCUCAUCCUCCUUCAAAGGUGGACCAGGUGGGGUGUGUUUUUGGUGGCAUGCCUGGUCACGCUCUCCUGUGUCACCUGCGGAGUUCUGUCGCACGUGUACAACCUGCCGCUCACCCCUCACGUUCCGGUCGCCAACGUGACCAGGGAAGCAGCAGACUACAUCUCCGUGUACCUGAGGCGACCUUACACGCAUGCGCCGUCCUAUUUUCUUCCUCUCUUGGUUGGCUAUGUGCUGCAUAAACGGAAGUUCCAGUCGCCUCUAAAGCUGCUACCCACCCUUGUGACGUCAGCUUUGUGCAUCGCUAGUGUCCUGGCCGUUGUGCUGGGCCCAGCCUGCUACAGUAAAGGCGGCAGUUCUCUCCCCUUGCUGCUCGUGGUUGUCUACCAUGCACUCAGUCACACUGUGUGGGCUCUGGCCCUUAGCUGGCUUCUCUUUCUCUACGCCAACGGAAAUUUAAACGUUGUCAGCAAGUUCAUGUCUUGGUCUGGAUGGAUACCCAUCUGCCGCCUGACCUAUUCCAUCUACCUGGUACACCCGAUUGUCAUUUUUUGCUACACCGUCUGCUUGGAACAAUUCUUCUACUUUACCUUCUACACUGGGAUUAUCCUUCAACUGGGAAUACUGGUAAUCAGCAUAGUUGUGGCCCUCGCAGUCGCACUGUUGGUAGAAAUGCCCCUCUCCAACCUUGAAGUCUUGUUGAGUUACUAUGUGGAAUUGAUACGAUCAAAGAUGCUGAAUACUAGUAUUUAACAUCUUUGAUACAAUCCAAU